AUGUCAGCUCUGCUGGGUUUGGUCAUCCUGUUAAUGUUAGGAGCAAGAGCUCAAGAUGCGACCAACACUGAUAUUCGACCAACUACAGUGGACCCUGGGUUUCCCAGAAAUGCGAGCACAAAUGACCCAGAAGUCCAGAAGGCAGUAAGAAUAACUGUGUAUGCAUACAACAACAUAUCCAAUGAUGCAUUCCUAUUUAAAGAUCUGGAGAUAGAGAAAGCUAUGAUACAGGUUGUGAAAGGUAUAAAAUAUAUGAUCAGGAUGAAACUGGCAAGGACAAUUUGUUACAAAAGCAUGAAGGACUUUUUGGAUGAGUGUGACUUCCAACAAAGUAAACAACUGAAACAGAUUUUCAAAUGCUACUCAGAAGUGUGGAAAAUUAGCUGGCAGCAUACUGAAAAAGUAUCCAUCCUGGAAUGUUCAUAACAUGCACCUUCUCAAAGAUCUCCAGAA